AUGCCGGUGGCGUUUUCUGCGUCCUACCUUUCUAAAGUUAUCACUGAAGACGCUAUCCAAGCAGCGGAGGGCAUUGUGCUCAACGUCAGAGACGCCUACAUCGCAUCGCUCAUCAACACCAGCUCGCUCGAUGACGAACCGAAAGCAGCCGCCAUCGCAAAGUUGAAGGCCAUGGAGUUCUAUUCAGCGUACCCAAAGGGUCUCAUCGACGUCCAGCAACUAGAAGCGUAUUACGAAGGAUACACACCGGAGGAACGGGAGCCAUUCUUUGACACUCGGCUGCGAGGGGCUAAAGCGCUCCAAGCAAAGAAAAUGAGCGCCAUCAACACCGGGGCUGUGUUUCCUGUGUAUGAAUCAAAAGUAUUCUACGUGGUUCACAGCAAUCGGUUAGUAGCUUUGGCACCCGCUCUUCGACCGACGCUCUUUAUACGAGACGGUCCGGCGUCGUUCAACUACGGUGGGUUAGGAGCGCUAGCCGGACGAGAGAUCAUGUACGGGUACGACUUGAACGGCAGCACGUACGACGCGUUCGGAAAUAAGCACAACUGGUGGUCACCACCUGCGAGGGACCACUACUUGAAACAAGCGCAGUGUGUGAGGCUGUCGGCUUACACCCUGACCGAAGGAAGCGUGAAGUUGGGCAGCGAGGCAGGUGAUGUACUCCUCGCUGACUUAGUGGGUCUGCAAAUGGCGGCCAGAGCCUUUCAAGCUGUCGCUGGAGGAAAGGAUCCCGUGCUCCCAACACUUCCAUUCUCUCCGAUGCAGCUAUUUUUCCUCGCUCACUGCUACAAAUGGUGCGACGGGCAUGACGAAACGGACGGCCUUCGCCAUAGGGAACGAUGCAACGUUGCCGUCACGAAUAUGGCGGAAUUUGCGGACGCUUUCAAUUGUAAACUCGGCGACCGUUUAAACCCCUCUGAGAGGUGUUCCUUCUUCUGA